AUGGCUACUGACUGGCAAUCAGAGUGCAUGGUAUCUCAGAAUCAAGCAGCUCUGGAGAGCGUAGGGGCCCUUUCAGACCGUGCUCUGCAGAAUACGUCUGGGAACGUACAGGCGUACUCUGACGGCUUUGCUCACAAUGAUGCUGCCGGACGCGAUGACCACCUUCAGCAGUUUACUCUGAAGUACCCUCACCCUCCGGUACCAAGUCAUCCACUGCCCACUGCUACCACUAGCCUGUAUCAUCCGCAGCUGUUGAGCCACCGGUACCAGGUCAAGAAGCUGCGACGGCUGCAGUCGAAUGGCUCAUCAUUUGCUGGUUCUCGAAGGAACAGGAGUUACCUGAAGUCACAAAAGUAUUUGGAGUAUAGGGCCAGACCACGCCGGGAUACUGGCAAAGAUGGGGAGCCAGUGUGGUCCGACGAGCUGGAAGACGCGUUUCAACAAGCCCUCGAGGCAAACCCACCCAUGGGCAGGAGAAAGUGGUCCGAACGUGGAAAGUCAUACGGCCGGAACGAACUAAUUGCGGAAUACAUUCAUAAGUUGACCGGCAAGCGGAGGACAAGGAAGCAAGUUUCGAGUCACUUGCAAGUUCUUGAUUCGUUCCUCAAGGGUGACCCAGACUGGGAAAGACUUGUUCGAGAACAACCGACAGAUCGCUCCAGCAGCCAGACUCAACCGGUUGGCCCAAGAUGGAGGACAUCGAUGGAUCACUUACCUUCGAGUCACUACAGCAACCAUCUCAGCGCUUCAUACCCUGAACCUCUGAGGUUGAUACCGCCUUAUUCUACAGAGCUGCAUCUACCGCAUUACACUUCCACGCCCACUCACCACGACACAAACAUCAAUGCUGUUCAAGGGCUUAGCUUUGACAUGUGGGUCAGUGCACCGCACAAGCCAGAUCGAAUUGACGAUGCUUUCCAUGUGUAUACCCGACUUCAGGGGGACCAACGACAAGCGCCUAUGCCCUUGGAAGAGGUUAAGAAUUGGCGAACAUCUUUUCCAUACUUGAACACGUCGUUGUCAGACAUAACCGAUCCCUUGAAUUGCGAGAUCAUUCUCCUUGAGGCGAACCUCGAGUUGAUGGACGACUUUCCUCCGAUGGGCUCGAGGCUAGGAAUUCACUUGGAACUCGACAUUGCCAAUCCAACGUCCGGAAGCGCGCCAAUGAUCAAUCAGAUGGAGAACUGGACGUGCAGCACUUACAUCUACGAGGAUGGCCGAAGAACAAUGGAAGCAUAUCACAACCUCACCAAGCCUCAUACAACCAAGGUCAAGCCGCCAUUCGAGUCGUCAUGGUGGGCAAAGAGCUUCACGAGGCUUACACAGGACAAGCGAGAGGCUGAGAACUCCGGGCAUCACCACGCUGCUGAAGAGCGUAACCGGAGGUACUUUCAUACCCUGACUGCAGUGCAGGAGAUCCGUGCCAGCGACCCACCGAGUCUGCGCAGGCUGCAGAACCAAUACUCGGGCUCCUCAGGCGAAGAAAGCAGGAGAAUGGCCAUCGUUCUCUGGAAGUUCCGGCAGACACGGCCAAAUGAGGUCGGCACCACCACAUGGCGGAAGUUGAUUACUUCUCCGGACCGGACUUUGACCAACAGCCCCAGGCCAACGAACGCGAUUGACCUUCCUCCUCUUUCCUUGGAGUCAAUCUUGAUGAGCAAGCCCCCCUCCAGCUUGUACCAGGCGCCGCAGGCUCACGAUCUAUUGCAACACACUGCCCCCUCCCAACAACACUGGCCGUUGUAUCAGCCUUCCCAUGACCAUGUUGCUAGCCUAUAUAACUCAGCUGGCGCCUUCGAUUUCCUGAACAGCAUCACCAGAGCUGACGAUGGCUCAUCCGAGAAGACAGCCUCGGCCUCUGUGCUCGAUCCCUUCCCCAACCUGCAGCAGCAGACAACCAGCCAAUCCACCAGCCUCAACGUCUCCAGUGGUGGCCCCGUGAUGCUCCAGAUCCCUGAUUUGUCUCUCCCGCAUACAAGUCUUGGGACCUAUGGGCUCGCUCAUGAGAGCCAUUAUGUGCCAUCGCAUCACCAUGGAGGAAGCUUGCAUGACACAGGCGGCGGCAAUGCACUGAGUGGAUAUUUCGUACCCAGCAGUCAGUCACUCGAUGAAAUCACCCAGAGCCAUGCAGCUUGGUCUGCUCCUAGUACAACGAUUCCUGGAGACACCAGCGGCAAUAACUACCACCAUCUUCCGUUUACAUCAUCUGAUCAUUCAGUUGCGGUAUCUCGGGAAUCGCACCAGAGUAACAGUUUCGAGGGGCUAUUGCCGCCGGACGAUUUGGUCGGUCUUGUGGGAGGGAUGUCUGGGGAUCCUGGUAUGAACGGGGCGGGCCCCGAGCAUACUACAACGUCGGCAUAUGAACAUACUGCGGUCGAGGCUGUAUAA